AUGUCUGAACAAGAGCGGAUACAGGAGUGUCUGAGGAAGGAGAUACGGUCUCUUCUCAUCUCCGCCAAAGAUGGCCUGACCCCGCAGCAGCUGGAGAAGGAGUACCUCCUGAUGGUGGGCAGCCACCUGCCGCUGCGGGUCCUGGGCUACCGCUCCACCAUGGAGCUGGUGCUGGACAUGCCGGAUGCAGUCAGCGUGUGCCCCUGCGGGGAUGGCACCGUGAUACUGAAAGCCAUCCCAGAUGAAACCACCAAAGGAAUAGCAAGUCUCGUUGCAAAACAAAGGAGCAGCCACAAGGUCCGGAACUCUACGCAGAAGGGAAGGGCCAGCGUCUGCUCUGGGCCCAGCUCUCGCCGGCGCUUGCCGUACCGGGGCCGGGUGCCCCCGAUCCUCCCGGCAGCCGUGAAGAGUGAGCUGAAAGACCUCCUGGCGUUGUCUCCUGUUCUCCUUUCCGAUUUUGACAAGGCCUUUCUCAAGCGAUUUGGACGAACGUUCCAGUACGUGCAGUAUGGCUUCCUCUCCAUGUUUGAAGUGCUGAACGCAGCCUCGGAUGUCAUUUCUGUAGAGCAGACCAGAGCAGGCUCCUUGUUGACGCUGAAGAAGAGCGUGUCGGAGGAGAAGCAGCGACGAUGGGCAGCGGGUAAAAUUUUUACCCAGCCAUUUAGAAUGAAACAAGGGUCCUACUCCUCAGGCUCCCCAGCUGCGAAGGCGCGUUUUUCACAGCCGGCUUCAAACACGGAGCCCCCACGGCAGGUGUGGACCGGGGACAAGACUCCGAGGCUCAACGUGGAGACCUCAAGGCUGACUCACACGGAAAAAUUAAACCAGUUGGAGAACUCAUUCAAAUCCGUUCUUGCACAAAUUGGACCUGGAGGGACAGUCAGCCCGGAGCUAAAACAGAAGAUAAAAUUUGUUGUGUCUAAGUUUCCAGAUGGUCUGUUUAUCUCUAAGCUGCUCAGAGAGUUUGAGAUAACUUUUAAAGAGCAACUUUCACCAAAAAAGCUGGGCUUCUUAAAUGUGGUAGAACUUGUUGGAGCUCUUAGUGACAUCCUCCGCGUGGAGUUCAGGGACGGAGAACAAGACUUGCUCGUGUUUGACGCUGACGCGAGGCCCCCGGCUCCUGAUGGAGCUGUUUCAUCAGGCAGAAAUUCGAGUUUAGUUCAAUCAGAUAAGAAAACAGAAGCCAAAGUUUGUAUCUCCAGCCCCCCUAGAAACUCCUUGUCUACUGCUGCUGCCAACGAGACCACAUGGGAUUUCCCUGCAAAGAACCACAGAGAGCCAGAGCCGAAGGUUUACAAGAAGCCUAACCUGGUGGUGAAGCCGUUACAGCUGCAAAUAGACAUAAACAAUUCACAGCUCAACCUGCCAGUGGCAAAUCAUGACAUCCCACCAGAUGCUGUACGGGAAAAGAAAUUGUGCAGGCUCCCACCACUGGACACCAGCACCCUCGUGGGCGUAUUUGUGGAGUACAUCAUCUCUCCCAGUCAGUUCUACAUCCGAAUCUACAGCAGGGAUUCGUCGGAGCUGCUGGAGGACAUGAUGAUUGAAAUGCGGCGCUGUUACUCCAACCAGCUGGUUUCCGAUCGCUACGUCAUGCCGGAGUGUUUCAUCCAGCCGGGACAUCUCUGCUGUGUGAGGAUCUCCGAGGACAAGUGGUGGUACCGGGUCAUUGUCCACCGGGUGCUCGGGAAGCAGGAAGUGGAAGUGUUCUACCCAGACUUCGGAAACAUUGGAGCUGUUCAGAAGUCGUCCUUACGGUUCCUCAAGUGCUGCUACACGAAGCUCCCAGCUCAGGCUAUCCCGUGUUCCCUGGCGUGGGUGAGGCCGGUGGAGGAGCACUGGACACCCAGAGCUAUUUUGCAGUUCCAGAAGUUGUGCGGUUUGAAGCCGUUAGUGGGGGUGGUGGAUGAAUACAUAGACGGGAUCUUGAACAUCUUCCUGUGUGAUACAUCCUCAAAUGAAGACGUCUACUUCCAUCACGUCUUGAGAGCAGAGGGCCACGCGAUUGUAUGCAGAGAAAAUGUCCCUUCUAAGGGUUUCAGAGACCUCAACCCUUUAGCUGUGUACACCAAGUCCAGUAAGGGGCCGGAUGAUAUCCUGACAGAGCUGAGUUUUCCCUCCCAGCAGCAUUAUUUUAAUGAAGACCGAGAGAUAAGUCCACAGUCCAAAGAGAGCGAACUGCACCCUCUGCAGACGACUAAUGAUGAGGAGUCUCUAAAUCACCUUAAUUCUGAGUCAAAGGAGGCAUUAAAGGAUGCAGGGUUUGGUUCCUUGAAAGCCCUUGAUAAGAUCUGUGACGAUGACCCCAGGUGGCCCUUGCUGGAGCCCAAGGAUCUGAGAGAAGAAAUCGAGGAUGAAGUCCCCACUGGAAUGCCUUGCCUGGAGUCAGUGACCAUAGGUGGCGACGUCUGGGAUGAGAACUGGUUACCACUGCAGGCCAAAAUGGGGAGAGGGGGUGACGCUGCCUCCCACCUGCUCACCCCAGGCCUUGGUGCAGAGGAGGAGUGCCCGUCCUGGGAAGAGAUGCCUCAGAAGGACUGCUGUUUCCCCACACCCAGGGAUACGUGGGAUGACUCGUGGCAGCCCUCAGGCCUGGUAAAUGGAGUGAAAGCAGACGUGCAGCAGCCAGAAGGGCCGGGCGCUCAGGAGGAGAGUGCCGGCACAGCUGGGAUCCAGGAGCAACCAAGUCUCGAUGAUUCUCCUGAUUGCUCCAUGCUGCCCAAACUGGAGGAGUUCUACGUCUCUCUCAUCCAGUCCCAGCAGUUGGCAGAGGGGAGCCACGCUGACCCUGACAGCAGCCAGAGCCAGCCAAGGCAGAUGGAGCCCAAGACAGACACGCUCGGCUCCACUCCUGCAGCGUCUGAGGAUCCAGAACAGCACCAUGGCUCUGUGGAGAGCUCUCCGGAAAGCCUGCAGAGUGAAGAUGCUUCUAGUAGCCACGCCAUCACGGUGUUCAGGGACAAGGGCCACGGAGUCCUGGACCAGCUCUCUCUGAUCUUGUCUCCGGAGCACCAGCUUUCUCAAAAGCUCUAUAUUCCUCGGAGUACAGCCACUGCCGCCUUGGGAGCCGCCGCCCGGCUGGCUACGUCCAGGAGCCGCCUCCUCUGGUACCCCAGUGUGAAAAGGAUGGACGUGUGA